CGGCGCGCUGCGCUUGCCAGUCGGGGGCUGCGCGCGCUGGCGAGUGGACGCGGCGCCCUCUGCGCCCCUGCCCGGAGCCGGCCUCGCCCGCGGGCCAUGGAGCCCCACCGCUGGCUGCCGCUGGAGGCCAACCCGGAUGUGACGAACCAGUUUCUCAGGCAACUGGGAAUACAUCCUAACUGGCAAUUCGUGGAUGUGUAUGGUAUGGAUCCAGAACUACUUAGCAUGGUGCCAAGACCUGUUUGUGCUAUUCUUCUCCUCUUCCCAGUAACAGAAAAGUAUGAAACAUUCCGAACAGAAGAGGAAGAGAAAAUAAAAGCUCAGGGACAAGAAGUAAAACCAUCAGUAUAUUUCAUGAAGCAAACAAUCAGCAAUGCCUGUGGAACUAUUGGGCUUAUUCAUGCUAUUGCAAACAACAGAGAUAAAAUUAGCUUUGAAGAGAACUCCUCGCUGAAGAAAUUCCUAGAUGCUUCAGUGCCCAUGAGCCCUGAAGAGAGAGCCAAAUAUCUAGAAACCUAUGAAGCUAUCCGUGUUACGCAUGAAUCCAGUGCCCAUGAAGGUCAGACUGAGGCACCCAGUAUAGAUGACAAAGUAGACCUUCACUUCAUCGCGUUAGUAAAUGUGGAUGGCAGUCUCUAUGAACUGGAUGGACGGAAGCCUUUCCCUAUCAACCAUGGGCGAUCAAGUGAUGACACAUUUUUAGAGGAUGCAGUAGAAGUAUGCAAAAAAUUCAUGGAACGUGAUCCAAAUGAAUUACGAUUCAAUGCAAUUGCUCUAGCAGCAGCUUAAAUUAUUCUUACACAAGGAAAAAACUGGUUGUUUAAUGUAUUGUAACGAAAUAAUGCUUUUGCCAUAAUCAAUUAUGAUCAGAUUUUGAUACCUCUCAAAUAACAUGUUGAUGCCGAUUAAACGUCAGAAUCUC